AUGGCGCUGCGCGGCUCGCUGCGGGCCGGCCGGGCGCUGCUGCGCGCCCCGGGGCCGCCCGCCCGCGGGCUCUGCGGCCGGCCGCCGGCCUUCGGGUUCCUGUUCGAUGUGGACGGCGUGCUGGUGCGGGGCAGCCAGCCCGUGCCCGCCGCCCGCCGCGCCUUCCAGAGGCUGGCGGACGGCGGCGGGCGGCUGCGGGUGCCCGUGGUGUUCCUGACCAACGCCGGGAACUGCCUGCGCUCGGACAAGGCCCGAGAGCUGUCCCGGGCGCUGGGGCUGCAGGUGUCUCCGGAGCAGGUGAUCCUGUCCCACAGCCCCCUGCAGCUCUUCAGCCAGUUCCACCAGAGGUGCAUGCUGGUGGCCGGGCAGGGGCCCGUGCAGGAGAACGCCCACAACCUGGGGUUCAAGCACGUGGUCACCAUAGAGGCCCUGAGGAAGGCAUAUCCCCUGUUGGACAUGGUGGACCUGAGCCGCAGGCCGAAAGAGCUGCCUCCUCCUCCCCCCCCUGGCUUCCCCACUAUAGAAGGGGUGAUUCUGUUUGGCGAGCCAGUGAGGUGGGAGACGAGCCUGCAACUCAUUGCUGAUGUACUCCUGAGCAAUGGGAACCCUGGGGCAGAGCUGCAGGAUGUGCCAUACCCUCAUCUGCCUAUCCUGGCCUGCAACAUGGACCUCCUGUGGAUGGCUGAAGCCAAGAUGCCCAGGUUUGGCCAUGGCACUUUCCUGCUCUGCUUGGAGAGCAUCUACAAGAAGGUGACAGGCAAGGAGCUGAAGUAUGAGGCCCUGAUUGGCAAACCCAGCCCCAUCACCUACCGCUAUGCCCAGUACCUGAUCCAGCAGCAGGCAGAGAAGCAGGGCUGGAAGGCUCCCAUCCGACGCCUCUAUGCAGUUGGGGAUAACCCCAUGUCUGACGUCUAUGGGGCAAACCUCUACAACAACUACCUCAAGUCAGCUCAGCAGAACCAGGUCCAGGCUGGGCUGAAGAGGAGCCCACAGGCAGCCAGUGCCCAGGCUGAGUUUUCCCUGGAGCUGAGGAAUGACUGCAACAACUCAGUGGAGAGCUGUGAGUCCAUCCUGGUCUGCACUGGGGUGUACCGCCCCGACGGCGCCGCUCCCAAGGAAACAGAGGAGACAGUGUUCCAUGGACACCGGGACUUCUGCUUCGACCCCAGCCUGCUGCAGGCGUCCCACAUAGUGCAGGAUGUGGAUGAGGCUGUGCAACUUGCUUUUAAAAAAGAAAACUGGAGCUAGGGGUUCAGACAGGUGUGCCUCAAGAUCUGCUGUAAGGGGUUUUAUGUACUGGAAAGAGGGGAAGAAUGGGGAGGGACCUGGGGUGAUUUUCUAAUCUAGCUGAUGUUUAAGAAAACUCCCUGUUGCAGCACUAAAAGCCCCUUAAUUUUUUUAAUACUCGUCUGCCCACAGACUUUCAACUGUGACUGCACAUUGCUGCCAGCCAUAAUUGAGCCAUAAUGGAAACAGGGUAUAAGGAGUAGGCUUGUCCCAGCAAUCCCAGUUUUGUUCAGCUCCCACAGCUCAUUCUUUUCCACACUUUGAGUGCAAAGACCAGGGGAGCCCACCCUCCUCUUUGUGGGGUGUUUGAGGGCAAAGCUCUUCCCACACAAGGAGCCAGCAUCAGCCAUUUGUAGAAUGUGCUGUUUGUCCAGGCUGUGACUCGAGCGCACCAAAAGCUGGGCUGUGGUGGCUCCAUGCCAAGAGAAGGCUUUAAGUCUUAACAUUCUCCUCGUGAAGAGUAAGUGCCUACAGACUUUAACAAAUUCUCUUUGCCUGGGGAUUUGCCACUGCAUCACUGUCAGCCUGAAACAAAGUUCUGUUUUGCAGUCAUCUGGCAGCUGUGGAGAGGCAGAGCCCCUCAAAGGAAGCUUCAGUAGCCAGAGCAACUUGCUGCAGGGCCGAGGUGAAAGUUAUAUUGUUCCCUCCCCCCUAUUUAGCAUUCUGUGAACACCCCUGCCUUUUCACAUCCCACCAGGGAGCCAGCAGCCUGUGCUCAGCAGCAGAGGAAACCACCACAGAGUUUGAAUUGGCAGAGUUGUCUUUGCCCAGAACUCAGUGCUGCAGCAAGAGGCUUUUUUGGCACCCACUCUGAUCCCAACUGUUGCAGGGAACAUCCACCUGCUCCAGCUGGCACAGCUUCCAAGAGGGGCCCUUCUUUGGAACAAGGGCCAAACAAAAAGAGUCACAGUCCACCUUUGCUCCUUCCUUGCUUGCAAAGAUUCAAAGAGAAGAUCAAUCAGGCCAGGAUGGUACCAGAGCCCCAGAUCCCCAGGCCUGAUCUUUUAGAAUACAAAUGUCUGUGUCUUCCAGUUCUUUUGUUCCUCUCAUCCCUCAUGUGGUUUGCAGCUCAGGGAUACCCCAUACAGUCUGACCUCUGGUCCCUCCUCUUUCUUUAACAUGCAGGUAGAGUCCCCCUAACAUGAAUCAGCAGCUGGGACUUGCCUGCCCAGGAACAUUUCCCCAACACCAUGCACCUUCUAUUGCCUCUGUUCUCCUAGCUCUCCUAUCCAGAGAAAGAUAAGACUUGUGUCUCCAUAGACAUUCCAAAGAAAAUAAGCAAGGUUUGCAUGAGAAAUUAAUGUGAAAGAUUGGGCUUAGCAAGGAGUGUCUUAAUUCCAGAGGAGCACUGUGAUUUUAGAAGCACAAAUCAGCCUGUGUAUAUGAUGAAAUGCCUUGGAGCCAACACUACUGACUUGAUUUUCCUAAUUACACUCAGCUCACACCACACUGAGGAAUCAGAAAUGGGUCUACUCUGCCUCUUCUUUCCUCCUUCCUGCUUUUCCAGGCAGCUCCAUACACAGGGUGCAAACAUGUUCUGCACAGAAGUUUUGAGUUCUUGACUCAAGUCUCAGCAUCCAUGUGCACUGAGAUUCUGCUCCAGCUGCUCUCCAUCCUCUCAAUCCUGAUCUGUCUUCUUAGGAAGGUCGUUGCAGCCUAGGCUCAAUUCUUAAGUUGUGCCAGGCUCUGUGUGUGAGGCAGAUCAGGUGCUCUUUCAGUUAUCCAGGCAAAAGAGUUCCUUCUCUGUUUCUCUAUCCUUCCCUUCAUGAACAGGAGCAGAAAAACACCUCUUUGCAUGUCUUUCCCUCAGUGAAAUCCACAAUGGGAAGCAGUUUCUUCCUCUCUUACCAUUACUUGGGGUAAGACAAGAAUUGCUUGGCUGCUUCUAAAAGCAGCUAUAAUGGGAGGAACACAGAUUUGAAUCCUUUUCCUUUCACUGCAGAGAGAAGGAAAUUACCAUUUCAUCUCCUUGCACAAAAUAAGGGCUUGUCUCCAGUUCCCAGAAGAGCAGGCACAGGGAAGGACUUGGGAUAUAACACAGGGAAGGUCCUUUAGCUCAGCACCUCUCCAGAGUCACAGCUGUACUGUGCACCCAGCCUGCAAGGCCUGAAACUGGAGCCCAGACCCCAUUUAUUCACAGGGUGGCUCCAGUGUCCCUCAGCCUCCCUUUCCAGAGGUGCCAUCCACUGCAGAAAGAGGAACACUCCCUUUCCUUGCAGUGCUUGCUGACUUGGGUGCUGACUUUCCUGGCAUUCCUGGGAAUGGUGCUCAUAGCCAGACCUCAGGGAGGUGUUUGCUGGCAGCAAGAAGGAGCCGCACCUCCAGCGUGGUGAGUGCUGACUGCAGAAAUGCUGAGGUCUGUCCAUCUGCAGCCAGCCCUUUGCAGAGCUCUGUCUUGUUCCUUGCUGGAAGUGUGGUGCCAGUUACUCAGAGAAAAGGUGCUGCUGA